AUGUCCAACCUUUCCGACGACACCCUGCGAAAGAUCCUCCAGCAGAUCCAGACCCAGGCCAUCACCUCGCAGCGCCAGCUGCAGAUGGUCAAGGCUCAGAUCGGUUCCAAGGAGAAGGAGCGCAAGAUCCUCGAGCUGACCAUGCGCGAGCUGGCAACUAUCCCUGGCGACGACACUAAGAUGUACAGGGGUGUUGGCAAGAUGUUCAUCGCGCAGCCCCGUGCCGAGAUCACCUCCAAGCACACUGCGCAGGAGAAGGCACUCGGCGAGGACGUCUCCAACCUGACCAAGAAGGCAAAGUACUUUGAAAAGCAGAUGGACGAGGCCAAUGGACAGCUGCGUGACAUUUUCCGCAGCCAGCAGCGUGCCCAGCAGCAGCAGUAA